GUCCUGCAUUAUUAGCAAAAAAUAAUGAAAUUUUUAAAGAUAGAGAUUUUGAGUCUUUGUUGAAAUUGGCUGAUAGCGAAAAAAGAAAUCAAUUUGAUAAGAUUAGAGUAAUGGGUGUCAGAUUCAAUUCAAUUUAUCAUAUCACCAAUACUCCUACUUUUAUUACUGGUAAUAAUUACAUUAUUCUUGAUCUACAUGAGUGGUACUAUGAUAGUGGUAAAAAAUUCAAUUUUGUUGAGAAUAAUUUGUAUAAUAAAUCAUUUAAUGGAACACCAUUUAAUGGUAUCCUAUUUCGUUAUCCCCUUUGUACCAAUAAUGAUUCGAAAAUUUCUGAUGAAAUUUAUGAAUCCAGCAAUAUCUUAGAAAUGUUUCAUAGAUUUUACGAAAAUAAUAGCAUACUGUUUCUAAAAUUUAUUGAGAAUAUUACUUUUUAUGAAUUAAAAAAAGGUGUUAUUGAACCUGAAUUACUAUAUGUGAUUCAAUUGAAAAAUGCUGAUGAAAUUCAAGAACAACGUUGUUUGAUAACAAAAGAAAUUGUACCAAUGAUGAAUUCAUUACAAUUGGGUGAACUUGGAGUUAAUAAUCAAUUACAUACAUCCUAUAUCACAUCAUUCUGUUGUAAAAAAGGAGAUUUCAAAGAGAAUAACACAUGGUUAAUUUUUAAUUAUCUUGAUGACUUACUUGAAGCCGAAGCACAUUUUCAAGAGAAUUUAAAAGAAAUAUAG